AUGUUCUCAAAGGUUUCACAUUUACUUAUGACCAACAAUGAUUAUGGUUAUCUACCAAAAGAGACAAAAAGAUUAGGUUAUUAUAAUACACCAUAUGUCAUUACUCAACCACAUGGAGAAUUUAAUGAAGAUUCAGCGAUUAUCUAUUGUCAUUCUAUUAAAGAAACAUUUGAACAAUCAAUAGAAUCAAUACAUUUAAUUGCUGAAAUAACUAAAAUGCAAGUUCUUUGUUUUGAGUAUUGUGGAUUUUAUGAAGGAAGUACAUAUUCAAAAGAAGUUUUAUUAUGUUCUCUUCUUGAUUUAUAUCAAUACAUUUUGAGAACAAUAAAAACCAAUCAAAUUUAUUUAAUUGGAAAUUGUGAAGGAUGUUUUCCUGUGAUGUUAUUAGUAGAGAGUUGUAGAAAGCAGAAAUUAUCAAUUUCAGGAGUUAUAUUAAUGAAUCCUUGUGAACUUCAAACAAGUAAGUUUCAUUCAACUAAAUAUGACGGUUGUGUUCUUUCUUCAAAUAUUGUUCAAAUACGUGGUAAAGCAAAAAAACUUGCUAAAAAAUUUCACCAUUGUAAAGAAAUUUUCUUUAACACAACUGAACUUAAUUUAUUAGAAGAAGAAACUGAUAAAGUUCUUAAAAGUAUUGUAGAUAUAAUUUCAAUUGAAAUACCUGAUAUGGGAAAGAAAAUGAAUGAAGAAGAAUUAAUAUUAGAAAAACCUUCAAUUUAUAAAGACCCUUUUGAAUUAAUAAAUGAAAUUGUUUGUGACUACGAAUUAUCAACUAUAUUAUUAAAUAAUGGAUAUUUCUCUUUAGAUAUUAUUACUUUAAUGGGAGAUGAUGAUAUUAAUUCUUUACAAAUUAAUGAUAAACAAAAAAUUCAUUUAAAAAAUGUUAUUACUUCUUUACAACAUACUACUUCUGAUAGUGAUUUGGCUCCUUCUUCUUCACUCUCUUCUUCAAUUUGUUGUACUCCUUCAUUACUUCCUUCUUCAGUAUUACGUUCAGAAUCUCAUUCAAAUUUACAAUUUAUUACAACACCUGUAAAACAUAAGAGAAGGGCAUUAAAAGGAAAUAUUUCUCCAUUAUUUUCUUUAAAAUUACAAGAUAAUAUAAAUAAUACUUUACAACCUUCCCUUAUUGCUUCAUCUAGUACUCCUAAUUCUCCUCAUUGUAAUUUACAAGUAAAACCUGAUUUAUUAAGAAGUGAAAGUUGCCAAAAAAUGUCUUCAUCUCAACAAUUUAUUGGUAAAAACGAUGGGUAUAUUGAGCUUAUCAUUCAAAAUGAUGAAGAUGAACUUGCUUCUCAUUGUAGAAGAAAAAGAGGAAAAUUCUACCAAUUUACAAAUAAUGGAACUAAUGAAAUUUUUACUUCAACUAUGUUUUAG